AUGAAGCACCUCGCAGCUUUCCUUCUCCUCGGCCUUGCCGGCAACUCCUCCCCAUCUGCCAGCGACAUCAGCGAUGUUCUCUCCUCCGUCGGUAUUGAUGCCGACAACGAGCGCGUUGAGAAGCUCCUCGCCGAGCUCGAGGGCAAGGACAUCCAGGAAUUGAUUGCCGAGGGUUCUACCAAGCUCGCCUCCGUCCCAAGUGGUGGUGCCGGUGGUGCUGCUGCUGCUCCUGCCGCUGGCGGUGCUGCUGGUGGUGAUGCUGCUGCCCCCGCCGAGGAGGCCAAGAAGGAGGAGCCAGAGGAGGACUCUGAUGAGGACAUGGGCUUCGGUCUCUUCGACUAA